AUGGAUAUUCGGGUGAAAACUAAGUCUGAUGGUACUUUUGAGCGCUAUAAAGCGCAUCUUGUUGGUUAUGGUAAAUCACAACGGGAGGGCACUGAUUAUGAUGAGACUUUUAGUCUGGUCGUAAAAUCCACUUUUAUUCGCAUUGUUUUAAGCAUCUCUUUGUUUAAGUCUUGGCCUAUUCAUCAACUGGAUGUUAAAAAUGCUUUUCUCCAUGGUCAUUUGAAUGAAACUGUGUACAUGCAUCAACCUUUGAGUUUUCGUGAUCCCACUCGACCCAAUCAUGUGUCUGACAUUGCUUAUAUUCUAUUGUAUGUGGAUGACAUUAUUCUUACUGCUUCAUCUGAUUCUCUUCGUCAGUCCAUUAUGUCUAAAUUGAGUUCAGAAUUUGCUAUGAAGGACUUGGGUCCUCUCAGUUAUUUCUUGGGUAUUGCUAUUUCUCGGAAUUCUACAGGUCUUUUUCUCUCUCAACACAAAUAUGCUUCUGAGAUCCUUGACAAAGCUGGCAUGUCUCAAUGCAAGCCAACUCCUACUCCUGUUGCUACUUCCAGAAAACUUUGUGCAGAUGCUGGUUCUCCUCAUGAUAAUCCUACUUUGUAUCGCAGUUUGGCUUGGGCUCUGCAGUAUCUCACUUUCACUUGCCCAGACAUUUCUUAUGUUGUUCAGCAAUCUCCCAUUUCUUAUCUCUUGUCAUAUACUGAUGCUAAUUGGGGUGGUUGUCCUGAUACUCGCCGCUCUACUUCUGGUUACUGUGUUUUCUUAGGUGAUAAUCUGAUCUCUUGGUCUGCCAAACAACAACCUACAGUCUCUAAGUCCAGUGCCGAAGCAGAAUACCGUGGUGUUGCUAAUGUUGUCUCUGAAACUUGUUGGGUUCGAAACUUACUUCUAGAGCACCAUUGUCCUAUUCGUACGACUACUCUGCCGACAUUUUUACCAAAGGUCUUCCUCAAGUCCUCUUUGAUGAUUUUCGCUCCAGUCUUAGCGUCCACAAACCUCCCGAUUCAACUGUGGGGGUGUGCUAGAAUAGAAUAA